AUGGCUAGCCCGUUCAAUCCUUCUGCUGGCCGCGGCCACAGGGGAGGCGCGCCGGGCGUGCAAGGCUCAACCGGACGGGGAAGAGGUGUGAACUCUGGACAUACGUCAACAUAUGUGCCGAGAGGGGCAGGUGCACCCCGCGCGGCGAGGGCUCGAGGGCGUGGACGAGGGUCAGCGACAUGGACAGCUCGUGGCCGUGGGCGCGGCGCAGGCGCUGCAAGCCACAUCCUGCAUGGAACCCAACAACCCGUAGAGGGCCCCAAGCCUAGUGUUGUCAACUCACCAUUUGUGCAACCAAAUCAACAAAAACCUGUCGCAUCGCCGUUCGGCGCUCAGCCCGCCCAGCAGUCUCCGUUUUCCAGAGUCACAAACAGUGCUUCGGCUUCGAACGUCGCCAAAAACCCAUUCGCCCAACCCGCGAACAAUAUGAAACAACAAUCCUCGACAAAAUUUGUUGGUGGGGGAUCAAAUCUUGCCGCGUCCAUGGAGCAUGCAUCAACGUUGAGCAACUACCAGGAACGCUUUGACAAACUGAAAAUUGAUCAAGUGAGACAGCGUGAACGGGCGAUUAAAGAUGGGCAAAUGGCGGACCCAAACCAGCCGACUUCCUUGAACCAGGCCAUCACACCUGUGGGUACCUGUACCGGCAUGUGCCCUGAUUUCGAGAGAGUAGAGCGGAUCGUGCAGAAAGCAGUCGACAAGUGUGAAAAGUAUCAUAACCCUGCAACGAACCAGCUAGAAAUCAUGGAAACCAAGAUGGUGAAACGCUUUCGGCGUGCGGCAGCUGGAAACGACGAGCAAUUGCCCUCCGAUAUCCGGACACCAAAGACACUUUUGCAAACCAUGAACUAUCUCAUUCGUUAUGUUAUCAAUGGUGGUGAAUCAUUGGCCACCAUCCACAUGUUCGUCUGGAAUCGGACACGAUCAAUCCGAAACGACUUCUCGGUGCAGCAACUUACACACGAAGAAGAUGUGAAGACAGCGGUACUUUGUCUAGAAAGAAUUGCGCGAUUCCAUAUCGUGUCCCUGCAUCUUCUUUCCAACCCGGCGAACACGGAGCAAUUCGACCGCCACCAAGAGCGUGAGCAGCUCAACAACACUAUGCUCUCUCUCAUGUACUACUACGAUGACAACCGCGAGCGUAUUCACUUCCCCAACGAGGAUGAGUUCCGCGCUUACCAUAUCUUGUUCUCGAUCCAUGACCAGCGGCCUGACCUGGAAGCCCGUGUCCAGAAAUGGCCAACUGCCCUACUCUCUUCACCUCGCGUGCAGGUGGCAUUGGAACUCUUUGCCGCUGCCUGUAAUACAUGGGAACCUCAAGGUGCUCUGGAUUCUCGCCGAACGAACGCAGUUGCCCAGGGAUUCUACGCUCGCUUCUUCAACAUAAUCAAUUCCCCGAGUGUGUCGUAUCUGAUGGCCUGUGUGGCUGAGGUGUACUUCAACCACAUUCGUCAGACAGCAAUCCGUGCAAUCUGGAAAGCCUACUGCCGGACCCCGCUGUCACAGCAAUCCAAAAACGACCAUUGGACUGUGGAGGAAUUAACCAAGGUGUUGCAUUUCGAUGACGACGAGCAGACAAUUGAAUAUUGCAAUUCACAGGACUUACAGUUUGUGGAGAACGCGAAUGGUGGACUGUAUCUCAAUUGGGGUGAUCGGCCAGUAGACUCUGUUGACUUUGCGCCUUCAUCUGACCACUCUUUCUCUGAGACUUAUGUGGAGUCAAAGCGUGCAGGACGUAGUCUUGUCGCCAUCAUUCUCGGCAUGAACAUCAGAGAAUCCGCAAGAAUGGGCAUGAUUGAUCGCUCUCAGCUGCCUGAAAAGAGUGAAACCCUGCCUGAGGCUGAGGCUGAAGAUGGGGAUCUCUUCGUGAGUGAUAUUGAUAAUCAGACGCCCGCACCUGUGGUUGAAACACACAAUACUCUUCUUCGGGAUACUUCUGCUUCCGAAUUCCGAAUCGCUUCUGAGUCUCAGAAAUCUUUACAAUCUACUCCUGCAAGCUCGCCUUCCCUGUUCCAGUCAAAGCCGCCACCCGCCGCUUCAAAGCCGCCCAAUCCUUUCGCGGCGGCCUUUCAGCCGUCUAAAAUGCCAUCUCCUCCAUCCGAAAAUCCAUUCGCAACUUCGAUACCCUCCACCUCUGCCAUCCCCACAGCGCCGUCUCCUUUCGCUUCUUCGCCAAAUCCAUUCUUGACUCCAAAAGAACCCGAGCCAAGCAAUAAGACCGACGCUUCUACCCCGACCACUAAUGUGGCGUUCUCGCUCUUCCAGACAAAGCCCCCUUCUCAGCCUGACACUGCCGACAAGCCAGCUGUCCCAUCCAUUAGCUCCGCGGGGCCCCCACCAUCCGCUUUCGCCUCUACUUCAUCGUCCAUAUUCUCAAAACCAGUGUACGCAAAAUCCAAGACGGAGACAUCUACAACAACUCCACCUGCGCCUGCAUUUUCACAGCCCAGCAUAUUCCCUCCUGCAUCGUCUACUGCAGACAAACCCUGCCCCGUGUUCCCGAAUGGCUCUGGUUCUGUGCUAUCCGCCGCCUCGAGCCCUUUCACUGCGCCGUCUACGUUCUCUUUCUCCAAGCCAUCAGAGUCAACCCAAAAGACGGAGACUCCUGCGGCAACCACUCCUGCGCAGUCUACGCUAUUCAAGCCCACUAGCACCUCGUCUCAUGAGGCGGGCUCUUUCACUGCGCCAUCCCCAUUCUCCUUCACCAAACCAUCGGAGUUAGCUCAGAAAACGGAGACACCGGCAACAGUUACUACCGCGCCAUCUACGCUCUUCAAGCCCAGUACCUCGCCUUCUACAUCAUUGACUGAAUCCAAGAACCCCUUCGCGUCUUCCACAUUGUCUGGGGCCAAUCCCUUUGGUUCGACGUCCAUGUUUGCAAACGCAAGCCGUGAGAUGGAAAAGCCUGCUGCAGAUACUGCUACUCAGUCUACGAUGUUCAAAAGCGACUCCAAACCCCAGCAAUCAUCGAUUGAACUCAACAAUCCUUUUGCGCUUCCAAAUGCUCCGCCAUCUUUCCCAGCUGCAGGUCUGGGAAAUAACGUUGCCUCUACUGCUCCAUCUCCAUUCCAAGCCACUAAAGCCACAGAGACUACUGUAGCCAAAGAACCUGCAACUGCGUCAGGUUUCGGGCAGCCCUUCUCACCGUUCUCAGUGAACAAUGCUAGUACCACCUCAGGGCCUUCGAGCGCGGCUGCAAGCCAAUUCCCAGUCCCCGACUCAAUCUUUGCAGUUCCCGAGGUACCGCACCCAAGCCAGAAAGCGGAUAUACCAGCAACUACUGCGCCCAAGCCGAGUGAAACUUCAGUAUUCAGCCACUCUGCACCUGCACAGGCUCAAAUACCUGGCCCAUCUCCUAUCAACGCAUCCGCUCCAGUUUCGGGCGCGCGUCGGUCUGUGUCGCACACUCAAGCGACGGCCUAUUCGCCUCCCCGGACUCUCUUUGAAGCACUUCGCCAGCCUAAAAUAUUUGACACCACAUCGAAUGCAUACUCUCCUGACACGGCGACUACUCAGCCGCCAACGCCCUUGUUCCAAAGCCCAGAACCCUCAGUGGCGCCUAGACAGCAAGGGUCGUUGAAACGACACCAUGAAGCCACCGAUGCAAAUGAAUUCAAUGAGCACAAGAGGCGCUCCUCGCUGAAAGGAAAAGGUCUUUCUGCAGCGGCUGAUGGAUCAUUCAAACGGUCCGUGCAUUUUGAAGAGGCACACGAAAAGGAAAAGCCUACACCACAGGAGUCGCAAGUCCUCAAAAAGAAGCGAGUGCUGGAUGAGCAGACUGAGCCCCAGCCGGAGGAACAGGGCCCGAGUACUAAGGUGCCUAAGGUAUCCACAGCGGAAGAACAUGUCCCUUUCAACUUCUCCGUCUACAAAGCAGAGAACCGCCCCAUGCCGAAGCUCCCGAUCUUGGAAAAGCUAGAAGAAAAGCUUGCACGAGCCAAGGCCUUGUGCGAGCCGAAGCGUCUGACCGAAGAGCAACUCCAGUUAAUCGAGGAAGCUCGACUGAAACGGUCUCGCCAAGUCGACGAGGACGAAAUUGCCCUGUCCCGAGCACGGAUCUUGGCCGAGAAGUUGAGGACCGGCCCUGGAAUCUUCGACGGUUGGACUGGCCAAAUCCGACAGCCAUGGCAUGACCCAAACUGGAACCCCAUUGCCCGGGUCCUGGAAAAGUAUCACGCCCGGAAUAUCCCCCAGCCAACAUCCUAUGUACCCCCGCGUCUGACACUUAAUCGCACCGCCAGAGGCUACGAGGUCGCUUAUGCUCCUGAUACCCCGGACCGACCAAUGUCCCGCACCGAACAGCGUAUCCGACGCACUGGUGCCCGUGGACUUGCAAAUGUGCCCCUGGAUUUCGAACGUCAUAGGCGAGAGAAACAGGAGAUGGCUAAGAGCAAGAACGGAAAGAAGGAGAAUAACGGCAAAGAUAAGAAGGACAAGGAACACAAAGACGUGACUUCCAAGGGCGUCUAG